GUAUUUAACACGCUCGUCGCUUGCAGAAUAAGAUGAACAGUGGCGAACGCGAUCUGGCAGAAAUUGAUGAACGACGGAUUCAGCAACAGAAGCAACAAGUAGCAACGAUCAUAGACGAGGAUUCCCCAUUAGUAAAGCAACCCGUACAUUUGUAUAACAACCGUCAGCAGCUGGAACAGGAAACGAAUCCCAAUGGUGAACGGAUAACGCUGGUACGAUCAUACGAUGGGACAAAUGUUGUGCAUAAUGCUAACGCAAUUGUAAUGGAUGGUUCUUUUCAACAGCACGCGAAUAUCAAUCAUCAGAACCAAGCAAACGCAACGCUAUCGGGAACGAAACCCCUGCAAGCAGUUCUUAAUGCAGGAUCGAGCCGUGAAUCGAUGAAAUAUGUCGAACAUUUCAAUUCGAACGCAUUAACGGAUGGUGGUAACGGCGUACCCGUACCAGACGAGCUGCCGCUGCACCCUUCAACGACCGUGCCGGUACAGUGCAUCGGAAGUAUCGAGCAAAUUCCCAACCUCGGUCGUAGCACCAGCAGUAGUAGCGUCAUGCGCGAUCCUCAGGAAUCUCACCAUCGGUCAGUACCGACUGCAGGAGGGCCACUCGGUGAGGUCGAAUCAGGCGAGGAUGAUAACGAUUGCGUAGUGGUAGUGCCGUCCAACGAGCGUAAAGUGGAACCGUUGAAAAUAAAUCUAACACGUGAUCGGGAACCGCUUCGAACGGUCAUAAAGCUUACCCCUGGUGCAAGCUCGGCGCCGGACAGUUUUCAACAGCUGUCACCCACGAUCCGUGAUGUGCCCGGUUCGCCGAAGAUAACGAUAAAGCCUCCAAAACCACCGCAAACGGUAGACAAUUCGUUGAUGGCGGUCGGUGCGGCAGGAUCGUCAACGUCUUCUACUGCUGAGCAUCACACGAAUAAUUGUGUCGGUUCGACCUUACCAUCGUACAGCAGCAUUCCAAAGCUUACCAUAAAGCCGAUCAUCAAUCCGGCCAACGACACGGCAUCCGUCUGCGAAACUGGCUCGUCUGCUGCAGGCGUCCCGGUACCUUCGGUUGAGCAGCAAAUGCAUAUUAUUCCUAAGUUACUGAUCAAAGGUUCCGUGUCUUCGUUGGACACCACCAGCCACGGUCGGGAUGGAGCAGUGGAACCUCACAUUGUGCCUAAGCUAACAAUUCGUGGCGUGAAUAACCACAAUCAUCAGCAGCAACAGCAUCAUUACGCCCAGAGCCAGUCAGAAUCACAGGUUUACUCUAACGAUGGUGGUCUUCCAUCAGGCGCCAUGCUGCUGCUAGAUGGCGUCGGGGUUGGUGGUCGGGAGGAAAGCAGUGGAUCGACGGGCUCGCCAACGCCUCUGGUUCCUAAGCUUACUAUAAAAAUGGAUAACCAUCAUCCGGUGCAUCAUUACCAUCAUCACAACAGUUUGCGUGUAAAAGAUGCGCCGGAAGUUACCGACGGCGGGAGUGGCGGUCCGGGGUUGGCCGGUCCCCCUAUUCCCAAACUGCACAUAAAAACGAUCCAACAGGACGGAGUUGGAACGUCUGCAGGAGUAAUUAAUUCAUCAUCAGCGAGUGGCAACUGUAGCACCACCACGUCCACGGGUUCAUCUCCUGUGCUGACAAGCUCGGAGGGCGUGAAGCUUACGAUAAAACCACUUCCGGAACCCAAGCUGCCAAAGCUAACGAUCAAAACAACUGGUCUGGGAACGAUCGCAGAAACGAGCGACGUGUCCAUGGUGUCCUCAACGAGCAAUAGCUUCUCUCCAAAACUAUUACCAUCGCUGGUCGCGUGUGGCGGAAGUUCCGGUGAACAUUUACCGCAGCAAAUGAUGGGUGGUAGUGUGCCGGGUGUUUCACAGCUGUUGCAGCAACAGCUCCAGCAACAACAGCAACCGGCCUCUCCAAGUGAUCAACAUUCGAACAUAAGCUCCAGUUCGAUACCAAAGCUUACGAUCAAGCCUAUACCGCUAAAGGAGGCAGCAAAGAGUGGCCAGGAUGGUUCUACCGAUGGCAUCAACCCAUCCCCGAACGUGUUGACGCCCACUGUGCCGAAACUCACGAUUAAACCGAUUCUGCCACCGACAAAGCAACCCACGGAGGACAGCAACAGCUCCAGCGAGAUCAGUAUUAAUUCCCUCGAAUCAUCGCCAAUUUCAUCGUCCUCGAUAUCAUCUGCACUGGCUUCUUCUUCUUCGGUUGCAGUACAGGCCACAAUUUCGCCUCCGACACCGUUGAGAAUGACAAUCAAAGUACCACCAUCGGCAGCUGGGCAGCAGCAGCAACUGCACGAAAGCAGCCUGGUAGGAGCGGAAUCCGCCACUUCCGCGUUAGCGGGUGGAAUUUCAGGUUCAUCGGCAUUGGGUACGAUUGUCACCAGGCUUAACAUUAAACCGAUCCUGCCUCCUCCUCCUGCUGCUGCAGCACUGAGCACUGAUCGCAAAGAAGCGGAACUAGAUGGCUUAGCGGAAAAGCUUGCCCAGGAAAGCCACACGGUAGUUGUCUCCUCGGACGAUGGUGAUUCGACACCAACUUCUUGUGAGGAAUCGCGCAAACCGAUCGUUAUACCGAAGGUAACUAUUAAAACGUUAGCCAACCCCGGAAGCCAGGAAACGGAGAUCCUUUCCACGCCCAAGGUUACACUGAAACCCAUACCGAAACCCCUAGAGGAAGCACUUGUCGCUGGGAAUGCUUUAGAUCGACACUUAAUGCUGAAUACGAGCUUAUCCUCGAUUGUUACUAAUAAUGCCAGUCACCACUCACCAACGAAUAGCACGGCAGGAAGCGGUUCAAUGGACGGGAUGGAUUCACCGCGAAUCAUACUGAAGAUCAACAAAGGAUCCUCGUCUACAACGACCACCAGUGGAGAGCAGUUUGAGGGCGCUGGUGCGGGUGCAGAUGGCGGACAGUUACUGGGCGUUGUGCCUCCACCGUCCGGCGUUUCAAUACUUGCGAACGAACUGAAACGACCCGCCACGAAUGCAUUGUGUGCCUCAACCAUCCCUUCAUCAUCAUCCGGCUCAUCGUCGGUAUCAUGUGCUUCGUCAACUUCGGUAUCGGCAUCGGCCACAUCUUCGUCGGCCGGAUCGGACCCUGCGUCACCAUCGUCUGCUGGCGGUGGUGAUCAGGGUGAAUUGGUGGGAUCGCACGAGAUAAAACGAAGCAAGCUCGAUCACUCACAGUCCCAACAACAACAACAGCUGUCGCAGCAAAUGCAGGGCGUACUGGAUCAUCACCAAGGGCUAAUGCGUCAAUCGAUGCUGCAGACCCAGCACCACCAGUACCAGUUGCAACUGCAGGCAGGAACCCCGAACAAAGUCAGCGAUGUAAUUGUGAUAGACGACGAUAGUAAAUCGGAGAACGAAACGAUUGGAAGAGAAAAAGAUCCAACGUCUGCAUCCUUGUUGCGGUUACCUGCUACAGUCACCGAUACGCCGACGCGUGAUGUCAAUCGUGAUGUGAUGGGGAAUCGUACUUUCCCGUCACUAGUCGAUAGUGCAACAACGUCAACCGUACCAGGCAAACAGAGACGUACUCGUGCGACACCACGUGGCGCUGGUUCUCGGCAACCACGGAGAGGAAGCGUUCGUGGUGCUGCGGGAUCGACGGUGGCUAAACAACACCAAAUGGACACCAACGCGGCAGUAUCCCAGUUGCUCGGAUUGCUCGCGCAAGACGAUCGUGAAGAAGGGUCCAGUUCUGACUGCAUGAUCGUUGACGAACCACCAGUACCAACUGCGAACGUACGCGAACGCCUAACGCUUGAGAGUCUUCUGCGUGCAGGAUCGAAACCAUCAGCUCCGCCGUCGUCGUCAUCGUCGAUUACUGGCAGCAACUUCUACGGUUUGCCCAUGUCCGGUGGUGGUGAGGUGGAGAAAAAUGGCACCGCAAGCAAUAGUUCGAUUGGUAGUGUUGCUAGCUCUGUAAGCAGUUCAGUGACAGUUCCGACCUCUGCGGCAGCCGGAACACCCGUCUCGAGCGGCCGGAUGCCGACUGCCGGUGUACGCAUGAGUACGAGGCGUGCCGCUGGACAGCUAUUGAAAGAGGUGCUCGCUAACAAACACCAGGACCGGGAUUCAGGUGUUGAUGAAGUGAGAACGGACGGUGAGUUUGGUGCGACUCCCUCCAAGAGACCUCGGGGCCGGCCCAAGAAACAAUCAAUCGAUUUAAGUACGGAAACAAAUGGUGGUGGAAAUAGUAAUUCAGUGGACGGAAGCAUCGGAGGCCUGGAAGCAGGUUCCAGUGAUAGCAAUAUGCUGGCAGCGAUAGCAAUAACGAUGGGCGGAGGAGAUGCCGAUAGCUCUGCAAUGUUACGAGCGGAAGAUAGUAGGGGGCUUGGUCUCGGAAGUCAAUCGCUCAUCGAAGGAAUUAUGCCAUUGCCGAGAACGCCAGCACGCACGCCAAGAACGAGAGGCCGUGGACGUGGCAGGGGCAGAGGUAAGAUGAACCUGAUAGAAUCGGGCAGUGUAUUUGAUGGAACUGAAUCUGGUACCCCAAUAGCGGACGGAACUGUAGAUCCACUAUUUAUCGACACUCCGAACAAUAUCGAUCCAGCAGCAGCCUCCACAGAUCCUACGCAAGGCUUUCAACUGCUCUACAACCACAUCCAAACACCGCGUGGUGGAGCUGGCGCUCGUACGCGUGGCGGAAGACGGGGCCCCGGUUCUCGAGGGCCUCGCACACCUAGAGGCGGCCGUGGCGCGGCAAAGGCAGCAAUGGCUGCACUAAUAGCUGCCGGAAGUACACCAUCGUCCGACAUUAUGGGAUCAUUUGCGGAUCUGACUGCAGCUCAAGAAGCGGCCACAAAGCAGCUGCUCGAUGCAUUACAGCAACAGCAACAGCUUCUGCAGCAAAUGCCACCACAGCACUCUCAAAACGCACUGGACAUGACACCGAAAGCUAGAGGCCGAGGGCGAGGAUCGAGAGGCACCGGAACGCAAACAGCGAGUAGCAGGCGGAAGGGUGCACGGGGCAGUACCAAAGCAGCCCGGGGUCGAAAGGGGCUUAAUAUGGAAUCGCCAAUACUGACGGAAUCGAGCCCAGCGGGUGCUGCAGGAGAUCCUUCUGACAUCAAAAAUGCCAUCUUCAUGACACCAUUGGCAGGUGGAUUGGAUCCCAACCGACCAAAGCUGCACGUGCGCGCAUUGAAAACGCCGAAAAAUGAGAUCAAAUCCAACACACCACCAUCCAGCGCGGAAGUCGCCACCACACCGACCACCAGUGGUGCAACACCCACGAGGACAACAAUGGCUGGCGAAGGUACCGGUACCGGCGGUGGUGGUGGUGGUGGACUGCAGGUGUUCGAAGAGGACACACGCAUGAGCGGAGAUUUCACUUUUACUACACCGAUGCGUUUGCUCAGCACCGGUGACGGAUGUUUGCAGCAGAACGACGAAUCCCAAAGUUCGUACCUGAGUAGUACCAGCGUUACGCAGGAUGCUAUCAACCAAUCCGCAAAUGCGACAGCAUCUUCGGACGACAAAGCGGUGCCGGUGGCGGCGAACGUGUCGGGGACCGAUGCACAGAAAGAAUUGUUGUCGGGCGGUACAACGUCAGCCAGUAACAGUAGCAGUAGCAGUCGACGGCCAAAUAAGGGCAAAAUGGAAGUGCUUGAUUCGCACCGGGCACAGUUCACAGUAGACCUAUUGGCAGAGUAUGAGUGGCCACCCCCAAGCCCAGGAACACGUGGUGCCGAUACGUUCAUGAUCCAGGAACAGAUUGCGGAAUACUUGGGCGUGAAGAGCUUUAAACGCAAGUAUCCUGAUUUGAUGCGACGCCCGGUCGACAUGGAGGAGCGUAAUUUCAUUCUAGAGCAAGGGCUCGCCUCGGAGAAGAUGUGCGAUCUCGGGCUAACGGCGGUAUACGCUUCCGAAAUACUGGACAUCAUGUGCACCGAUUAUCCGGAAAAGUAUGAAGAAUAUACGCGCUAUACGCGUGAAAAGCAUUUCCGUGAGCUGAGCAAUCGACAGCGCCAGCAGCAGGAAGCAAUAAGCGCGGUGGUUGCUGCUGCACCGGUCGAUCGUGCCCAGCUGCAGAAGGAAAAAGCGAUCGCAUCGGCCGCUAGCUGGAAUUGUAGCUUUAACAAAGAACGACGAGAAUCGAGGCGCGCCUGCAUGGAUUUACAAACGUACGUAGUGCAGCUACCGAAACGGCAACAGCAGCUAGCAAACCCCGAUGGACAGCAGGAGACGGCACCGAAGGCACAGUCGACCAACUACCCGGUGGCCCUUGUGCCCGGGCAGUUCAGCGAGUUCUACACCACUUAUACUCCCGAGGAGUUGGCUUGCUACCCAAUCAACACGAUUCUGUUGGAUCCGUUCGAGCUGCAGGAGAUAGUUUCGUCUGAGCGCUAUCGCCGGUUGGUAGCCGCUGAAGAGGCACGCCUUCUCGAGGACGACGAAAGCAGCAGUGAUAGUAGCAGUGACAGUGACGACAGCAGUUCCGACGAUAGCGACACCAGCAGUGGAAGUAGCAGCACCGAUGAUGAUGAUGACACUUCCGGCAGCGAAUCCACUUCUAGCGAUACUGAGUGUGAUGGUGGCGGUAAUGCGAGAAAAGUUAUAAGGCAGCAACGAAUAAAAGAAUGUCCGAGUACAGUUGCUGAUAAUGAAAUGAGUGUAGCACCGACUCCUGCUACUCCAGUCACUACAGCUCCAGCGUCUGCAGUCGUUACACCAGUGAGACGGUCGAGUAGAACCUCGAGUACUGGUUUGCCUGUGCCAUCGGCAACUGUCGAUUGUAAAGAACCAACCGAUUCGGAUGAUUCGGAUGUUCCACUUAUAGCGCAUGCGGUGAAGAAGAAAAAUAUUCUCGCGUCAGCAAAUGCAGCGGUCGUUGCUACCCCACCGUCGGCCGGUGGAGGCAAGCGGAUGCAGGGUGACUCGGUUGUAACACCACCAGUGAAACGACCACCGGUAAAACCGUUCAUGUGUGCCGUGUGUAUGGGUCCGGAGAAUAAGAACAAAUACCACAAACCGGAACGCUUCGUACGUUGUUCUCGUUGCCGAAGGAAAGCACACCCGUCCUGUAUUGGUAUGUCGUCCGUAAUGUAUAAUCGUGUGCAGCUGUACAAGUGGCAGUGCUCGGAGUGCAAACUGUGCAUGAAGUGCAAUCGGAAACCCUCGGCAAUGGAUAGCAAAAUGGUAUACUGUGAUCAAUGUGAUCGAGGUUACCAUUUAGCUUGCAAAGGGCUACGUAAUUUACCCGAAGGACGAUGGCAUUGCAGUAUCUGCACCGUUUGCGGAAUGUGCGGUGCACAAACGCCGGAAGGUCAACCGAACCCACACCUUUCCGCUCAACAGCGGCAACAGCUAGCGAUGGUAGCCGAAUGGACGCACGAGUACGGGUUGAACGAGCUGACAAACAUACGGGAACACCUGCGGACGCUAUGUGUACCUUGCGUACGGCAACGAAAGCAAUCGCAACAACAGCACCCAUCAGUACCAUCUGCUGAAAGCACAGCAUUACUUAACAAUAAUAACAACACCGAACCGAGAAAAGUGUUGGGAGCGAUGGGCGGAAUGAGCACUGGUAGUAGCAGUGCGGUUGGUGUCCCUGCCAGCGGAGGUGUGAUUUCUAUGAAACCACAAUCAUCAACGUAA